UGGUGCCUGGGGCCUGAACCCAUGAAGACCCCACUGGACCCAUUCUGCUACCCUCCAGUGCCUCUGCUGACCCCACAUGGAAAACUUCCAGUACAGCGUCCAGCUGAGUGACCAGGACUGGGCCGAGUUCUCAGCCACCGCCGAUGAGUGUGGCCUCCUGCAGGCAGGCCUGGCCUCUGGGGACGAGCCCUUGUCCAGUGACAUUGACCAAGGGGACAGCAGUGGCAGCAGUCCCCCCAGGGCCCCACCUCUCCCAACUGGGCAGCCAGCUGCAGGAGGGCGGAGCUGGCGGGGCUGCGAGGAAGAGGACGUGGCCACACAGCAGCCGGUCACCAGGUCUCGGUGUGAGCCUGUCUUGGCCCUGGGGACCGGUCAGCAGACACCCAGCACGUCCGCACGGGCAGAAGCUCCACCGUCCCUCGGCCCCUGCGCCAGCCCUCCCGGCCAGUGCUCAUCCUGCCCUGCUCCGGCGUCUUCUGCAGACCAGAUGCAGAGGCUUCUGCAGGGCCCUGCCCCACGGCCCCCUGGUGAGCCUCCUGGAAGUCCCGAGUCCCGUGGCCACAGCACUGGCUCCCAGAGGCCCCCUGAUAGCCCUGGAGCCCCACCACGGAGCCCCAGCCGAAAGAAGAGGCGAGCUGUGGGUGCCAAGGGGGGUGGGCACGCAGGAGCCUCUGCUUCUGCCCGGAUGGGCUCCCCGCGGCUCCCUGCGGCCAGUCCUGAGACGGCAAAGCUGAUAGCCAAAGCUGGGCAGGAGGAGUCGGGGCCAGGUCCUGCAAAAGCUCCUGAGCCUGGCCCCAGAUCCCCUGUGCAGGGAGACAGACCAGGGCCAGGUUUGGGCCUGUCUACACCUGUCCCUGUGACUGAGCAAGGCACAGACCAAAUCAGAACCUCCCCCCGAGCCCAGCUGCACACGGUGUCCACGCCUGUCCGGGAAGCCCACCCAGAUGUCUCAAGGGCUAAGUCAGACAUGGCUGUGUGUACACCCGCCUCCGAGCCGCAACCUAACAGGGACAUGGCUGUGUCUACACCCGCCUCCGAGCCGCAACCUGACAGGGACAUGGCUGUGUCUACACCCGCCUCCGAGCGGCAACCUGACAGGGACACGGCUGUGUGUACACCCGCCUCCGAGCCGCAACCUGACACGGCUGUGUCUACGCCAGCUUCUGAGCCUCAGUCCAGUGUGGCUGUGUCUACACCCAUCUCCAAGCCACAACUGGACACGGACAUGGCUGUGUCCACACCUGCCUCCGAGCCGCAGCCUGACAUGGCUGUGUCUACACCUGCCUCCAAGCAUGGCCUGGAUGUGGCCUUGCCUACAGCAGGCCCAGUGGCUAAGCUAGAGGUGGCUUCAUCUCCACCUGUCUCAGAGGCUGUGCCGAGGAUGACCGAGUCCAGUGGGCUUGUGUCUAUACCUGUUCCCAGAGCUGACGCCGCUGGCCCCGCCUGGUCUCCCACCCGCAGAGCUGGGCCUGAUGUGGUGGAGACAGAGGUUGUUGUGUCUGAGCCCUCAGCAGGGGCCCCUGGAUGCUGCUCUGGGGCGGCCACACUGGGUCUCACCCAAGUCCCCAGGAAGAAGAAAGUGCGCUUCUCCGUGGCUGGGCCCGGCCCCAACAAGCCAGGCUCAGAAGAGGCCUCAGCCCGGCCCUCAGCCCCCCGGACAGCAACUGGGGGCCAGGGGGGGCCCGGAGCCUGGGAUGCUGUGGCCGUCGGGCCCCGGCCCCACCAGCCUCGGAUCCUCAAGCACCUGCCUCGCCCCCCUCCCUCUGCCGUGGCGAGGGCCGGGCCAGGGAGCAGCUUUGCCGUGACCCUCCCGGAGGCUUACGAGUUCUUCUUCUGUGACACCAUUGAGGAGGACGAAGAUGCUGAGGCGACAGCCACCGGUCAGGAUCCGGCAGGCGUCCAGUGGCCGGACAUGUGCGAGUUCUUCUUCCCAGAUGGUGGAGCCCAGAGGUCGAGGCAGUGGGGGUCCCCGGCGCCACUCCCGAGAGCUGAUCCUGUGCCGACCCCCAUACCUGGAGACCCCGUGCCCAUCUCCAUCCCUGAGGUCUAUGAACACUUCUUCGGGGAGGACAGGCUUGAGGGCGUGCUGGUGCCGGCUGUGCCGCUCCCGCUGCAGGCAUUGGAGCCUCCGGGAUCGGCCUCCCAGGGGGCGGGGCCUGGGACCCCCCUCAAGCCAGCCGUGGUAGAGCGGCUCCACCUGGCUCUUAGACGGGCAGGGGAGCUCCGGGGACCUGUCCCAUCAUUUGCCUUCAGCCAGAAUGACAUGUGCCUGGUGUUUGUAGCCUUUGCCACCUGGGCUGUGAGGACGUCAGAUCUGCAUACCCCAGACGCCUGGAAAACAGUCUUGCUGGCCAACAUUGGCACCAUCUCUGCCAUCCGCUACUUCCGCCGGCAGGUGGGGCAAGGGCGCCGCAGUCGCAGCCGCAGCCCCAGCUCCUAGGAGCCAGGCCGGGG